AUGCCGCCCCGUCUCAACCUUUUCAACGCGAGGACCGCUGUCCCGGUCUUUCGCCAAACCUCAAUCAACGUUUCUCGACCCAGUAUCGCUACUACUAUCAACAGCAACCGAUCCACCCGCCAUGGCUUGAAGACUGGCUUGUCGUCCUCGACGCCAAUGCAGAAGAGAUACAACUCCUCAGCGUCGGGGGGAGACAACUCGGAGCGGCCCAAGGCUCCCACAGAGGACCCGUUACCUCACGUUAGCGAGGAGGCCGCGGAGAUAAGCAAGAUCAUGGACAAGAAAUGCGAUGGCACUCCCGCGAGUCCGGAGUUGGAGCAAGGAACGCCUAUCUCAGAGAUCCUCCAACGGGACAAAGAAGCCCAGAAACAUAUGCCCAAGGUCAUGCAAGACCAGAUCAAAUCAUCGACUGGUACUCGCUCGUUCUCGACAUCCACUCGCCGGAGCCAGGCAGAAUUACAUGGCCAAGGAAAGAGCUUCGAUGAGCAAACGGCCGCAGUGAUGGCCAGCAUGAUCUCUCAGGUCAACCAGCAGGCUGAGGAAUUUCAUGAUGGGAUCAAGUUUGACCCAGUCGAGACCCUUCCCAAGACAGAGAACUUCCGCACGAGAUAUGACUCGCUGCUCGAACAAUUUACCAAACUCUUAAUGACGGAUGGCAAGCUGAGUAGGGCGCAGAAGGAUAUGGCGUUCAUUCUGGACCACCUCCGGACUGCUCCUCCGCCUCAGCCCAACCCCAAGCGGCCUCUGCUUCCUGGACCCCCCGCCCCACAGCUUCCACUGAACCCUGUCCUAUAUCUCACCUUGAUUGUCGACUCCGUUGCUCCUCUGAUCAAGAUUCGCCAGCAGAAAGGUAUCGCCGGUGGUGGUGCGUCGGUGCAGAUUCCGGUUCCGCUCGCGCUGAGACAACGUCGCAGGACAGCGAUUAAAUGGAUUAUCGAUGGCUCUGAUAAACGACGUGACAGCAAGUUUGCCCAGCGAGUAGCGAACGAGUUGGUUGCGGUUGCAGAAGGCCGCAGUGGUGUGUGGGACAAGAGAGAGCAGCAGCACAAGCUCGGUAUCGCAGGCCGGUCGAAUCUCGGCAUGGUCGGUGGUCGUCGGUAG